CUUGUCUAGUUAUCGUAUUUUCAGAAUGCCUUAUUUUUUUAUUUAAUGUAAUUAAAUUACUGUAGUUUGUAUAGAUUUUAUAACCAAUAUUGUAUUUUCACCUCUAUCUCUAACGAUUAAUGUGUUGAAAAUGAGCAAAUACAUGUAUUCUACAGCAAACUUAUCAGACAAAGAGUUAAAGGAUCAAGGAAACAGAUUGUUUAGCCUUAGAAAGUAUGAAGAUGCCGUCAACUGUUACACCAAGGCAAUUAUUAAGAAUCCUACAAUGCCGACAUAUUUCACAAACCGUGCGCUAUGUCACCUGAAGAUGAAGAGGUGGGACAGCUCGUGUCAAGACUGUCGUCGCGCUCUGGACAUUGACUCUUCUCUGGUCAAAGGACACUUUUUCCUCGGACAAGCACUGCUGGAGAUGGACAACUACGACGAGGCUAUCAAACAUCUGCAGAGAGCCAAUGAUCUUGCAAAAGAACAGAAACUAAAUUUCGGGGAUGACAUAGCCAGUCAGCUACGGGCUGCGAGAAAAAAGCGCUGGAAUGUUCAAGAAGAGAAGCGGAUAGCACAAGAAAUAGAGUUAAUGACAUACCUGAAUAGAUUGAUGGUGGAGGACGCCCAUCGUCAGAUAGAGAAGGUAAAGCAAGCUAAGUCAUCAGAAGGGCUGAGCGAAGAGGCGGCUGAUGCACAGAUCUGCGAGCUGGAGAGCCAGUGUGAUAACAACGUCAGCGAACUAAACUCACUGUUCGCCAAAGUGGACGACAGGAGAAGAAAAAGAGAUGUGCCUGACUACCUGUGCGGCAAGAUCAGUUUUGAGAUUCUCCGCGAGCCUGUGAUCACUCCCAGCGGCAUCACUUAUGAGAGAAAAGAUAUCGAGGAACAUUUACAGAGGGUCGGCCAUUUUGAUCCGGUGACCAGAGUGAAGCUCACCCAAGACCAGUUGAUUCCUAACUUUGCCAUGAAGGAAGUCGUUGACAACUUUCUGCAAGAGAAUGAGUGGGCCCUGGACUAUUGAACAGAGGGACAAACGACUGAAGAUUUUAGAUAUAAACCUUGUGACAUAAUUUUGUCAAGAUUUUUCAAAUGUGCAUUGCAUCCGUUUUGUAAACUCCUAAGGAUUGAUCCCCCAAGUAAGAGAGAGAAAAUAAGUAUAAUUUUUAAGAGUAGGGAAGAAACGAAUGAAGAGAGCAAUGUUAUGUUGGACUGUUAUGGAUUUUUGAACUGUUUCUUUAGGUUCCACUUUUAAAAUGUUUAGUUGGUGUUUAAUAUAUUUAUGAAUUAUAAUAAUUGUUGAGUUACAAGAGCAUUUUCACCUUACCAAAAUGAGGCUCACUGGUGAAAAACUCUGCAACAAAAAAAUUGUGAUCACUGAUUACUGUAAUAGUCUAAUUGCCUGCAAGACAAUGUACAAUUAUAUGUGUUACUUGAGCAAGGCAGGUGUUGCUCUUCAGUCUGAAAUCUGAUAUUAACAUAAUUUCAGAUUGUAUAAACGUGUACUCCUGUUGGCCCAAUUUAUCAAGGACCUGGCUUAAUGAUUACGUUUGGACUUAAAUUUUUGCUUUAAAACAGCGUGGAUUGCAAAUACUGAGAAUAGUCCAUCCAGUGCACUGUAAAAAGUGUUAGCAUCUUUCGCUCAUCUCGUCUUGUAAUUUUAAUUCAACUUAAGUCCAAACAAGUGUAGCAUAAAUUAACCGACUGUAAUUUACAAAUCAACCCAAGUCUGCAUCAUUCAAUACAUUUGACAAAAUUAUCACUUUCAAUCAGAGUAAGUCCCGCAUUAAUUGUCAAAAUAAUUUAACAUCAAUACAGUUUAAUAUGUAAUCCAAUAAAAAAAUAUUAUUAAAUUUUGUGGGCAAACACCUUACCAU